GUUCAAUAUUUUCCCACUGAGCAAUUCAUUUGCCAGCUUUAAUUGUGUCAACUGUCGCCUGUAUGGCAGAAAGUGGGAACGGCGAAGUAAGUUCACUUUCCGGGGAGCAGAAGCGGAAGAGGUUAACCCGACGACUUUGACAAUGGAAGUACCAAGACCAUUAAUUCCAUCUGCCGAUCCCGAAUACCUGAGCAAGGUGUUCCGUGUCCUCCGCUUUGACUACAUGCCAACCACUAAUGCAUCCCUACACAACACAUCUAAAUUUUAUUCCACUAAUCAACAAGCUUUAAUGAUUCGUCGAGGUCUUCCGUUUAAGAUAAAAAUCACUUUUAAUGAGAAGUAUGAUCCAGAUAUACACGAGGUGUCCUUCGUUCUCUUAGCAGGGGACAGGCCUGCUCCUGGUUUGGACACUCAUGUCCAUGUUGAGUUGAAUGAAGGACCAUUCGAAGACGAAGUGUGGUGGUGCAAGACGGAGGAAAAUAGCGAAACUGGAUUGAUUCUCAGCCUUCAUCCACCAGCAAACUGUAUCAUCGGAGAAUGGGAUAUUUUUGUGAAGACUUUGGCUCCAAGUGACGAAAGUGUGAAUUACUAUCUUUACGACCACAACUCUCCAUUUUAUGUUCUCUUUAACCCUUGGUGUGAAGCUGACCAAGUGUAUUUGGACAGCCCUGAGCUACUGAAGGACUACGUUCUAAACGAGUCGUUAACAAUAUUCGUUGGCACCAAAGAACAACUCAACUAUAAACACUGGUACACAGGACAGUUUGAUGAUGGCGUCUUGGAUUUGACUCUGUACCUGCUUCGUAAAGCUUUCUCACUCGUAAAUUCUUCAUUCUCUAAUCCUGUGACAGUCAUAGAAGGCUUAAAUCGAAUGGUUGCAUAUGACUCAAAUGCUGUAAUGUCCAUUCAUUGGUACCAAUGCAACCCGGAAAGCAGACGUCCCACUGCUUGGAGUUCAAGUGUUGAAAUUAUACAGGAAUAUAAAAAGGGAUUAGGAAAAGUAAAAUAUGGCUGUUGUUGGACGAAUGCUGCUUUAUUGACAACGUUUUGCCGUGCUCUUGGAAUUCCUGCUCGUGUGGUCACCUCUUUUAAAUCGAAUCAUGAUAUCAACAGCAAUAAAAUCAGUCACCAUUAUCUAACAAUGAUCAAGUCACUAAAACGACUGCCUCAUCUCACCCAUCAGUCAAUCUGGAAUUUUCAUGUAUGGAUGGAUGCAUGGACACUCAGGCCGGAUCUGCCAUCUGGUCAUGGUUGGCAUGCUGUAGAGCCAACACCUAAAAAACUGGAAUUUGGAAUGAGUGUGUAUGGUCCAACACCUCUCUCCUUCAUUAAAGAAGGAAAUAUCGGAACUGGGCAAGACGUGAACAAUUUUUUUCAUGACCUGAACGUAAAAUCUGCCCAUUACAUUCGAACAUCAAAAGGUUGGUCACUUUUCCAAACGGAUCCAGACAUUGUAGGAACAUUCAUCUGCACUGCAGCCCCUCUCGGGAAACCAGUGUGUACUAAAGACCCAUAUAGUAUCAAAUUUUUAUAUCAUGACAUUACAGAAGAAUAUAAAUCUUCAAGUACAUCAGAGAACUCAGAAUUACUCCCGGCCAACCAAGUACACUGUUCUCAAUCAGUAUCACAUAUAAGAGUAGAGUUUCCAGAGAAUUACAAUUGUAAAAUCGGUGAAAUUCAAAUUAUUAAAUUCGAUUUACACAAUCCAUCGCAAGAAACUAUCAAAGUCAACUUUGUGAUGGAAGUCCAAGCCAUUGACUACACCGGACGCGAAAAUUUAAUCCUAUUUGAAGAAUCUGUUUCUGAACUGGUCAUCUCUCCUGGAUCAUCUCAACAGACAAGUAUCAGCAUCCGGCCAGAGAACUAUGUUCCUGUUUUGCAGAGAGGUUUACCUUACCGCUUUGCUAUGAAAUUAAUCAUCUAUGGUUUUGUUAAAGGUUGCAAUAUGAAAUUUACCUGCACGAAGGUCUUCACUCCUCAGUGGCCAAACUUAGAGAUAAAGUGUCCUGACAACACUGCGUUACACGACAAACUUCCAGUGGAAUUAAGUCUAAAAAACCCGCUUCCUGUUCCGUUGACACACUGUGAAGUAGUUAUUGACGGUGCUGGUUUAACGAGCGUCUUCAAAGGAUCUCUGCUCGAUAUUCCUGAUUUUUCGGAUGUAUCCCUAAAAAUGAAGUUGUCUGCUUGUUGCCGAGGAACUGCUCAUCUGACGGCAACUAUUCAUAGCAUCGAACUACAAGAUGUCUGGUCUUGCACAACCAUAAACAUAGUUUGAUUACCUCGUUAAACCGAAAUAUUAAUCAUCAUAAAACUAAAAAAAGAAACAAAAAAUUUACCAUAACUGAUUUGAAACUUGUUUGUUAAAUCUAAAAAUAUUUUGUUAGAAUGGAACAAUACAAUAAAGAUGGAAUCGUUUUUGGUGUCCAGAUACCUCAAAGUCUGUAAAUCUAACCCAAAUUUAUACCCAUAAAGGGAACCACUUAUAAGGCAUGUUUUCACCUUUCUCUAAUUUUGAGGAUUUUUCUCAGUCCCCAAAGAAAUCCCAACAAAUUAGAAACCAUUCUA